AACACCAGUGAAAGCAUCACUCAGGUAGUAAAGGGGGCAGAUCCGAGGACCAGAUACGAAGCGACGGUGGAGCCGCUUAGCUCACACCCCUCUCGGUCUGUUUUUUCUCUCUUCUCCCCUCCUCUCCCCUCUAACGGAGCCUCGCUGCCUGCAACCUCGACUCAAGUCAUGGUGGCUAAAAACAGAAAACAGACCGGGAAGAGUCCGGCGACCCAGGCGGACCGCGACAAGAGUCCGCUUGUUUUUGUUUCGCACCCCGGUAAAAGUACCGUUCGGCGGCCUUUCAACAGCUCACAUCCGAACGGGCUCUCGGGCAUCGGACGCAGGCUCUUCGGGCUAACUCCAUCCGCGGUGGCGAAGCUGGGAAUCACUCUCCUCCUCGCUGCUCUGACCGGGUAUCUCCACUGGCAUCAUGUCACACAGCUGUUUGAGAACGACAGACACUUCUCUCACUUGUCAAACCUGGAGAAGGAGAUGGCUUUCCGGACAGAAAUGGGUCUGUACUAUUCCUACUACAAGACCAUUAUUGAAGCUCCGGCUUUCCUCGACGGCCUCCACGCGGUCAUGAACGAUCGGCUGACGGAGUACCCGCUGGUUAUUAACACGCUGAAGAGAUUCAAUCUCUAUCCAGAGGUGGUCCUGGCCAGCUGGUACCGGAUGUACACGGGUGUGAUGGGGUACUUUGGGAUUCCCACAAAGAUGUGCUGGUCCAUCAACAGAGGAGAGGGACUCACUCCCGUGGACAGCUGUGAAGGGAUGGGCGACCCGGCGUACUUCUACGUGACCUUUGUGUUCCUGCUGAACGGCGCGAUGAUGAGCCUGUUCUUCAUCUACGGUGCCUAUCUCAGCGGCAGUCGACUGGGCGGCGUCGUUACCACGAUGUGUUUCUUCUUCAAUCACGGAGAGAGCACUCGUGUGAUGUGGACUCCGCCCCUGAGGGAGAGCUUCGCCUACCCCUUCUUAGUCCUGCAGAUGCUCCUUCUCACCUACAUCCUACGGACACGGAACCCGAGCAGGACAGCCAUGGUCGCCCUCGGCGUCUCCAAUUUGUGCUUUAUGCUGCCUUGGCAGUUCGCCCAGUUUGUGCUGCUCACUCAGGUGGCUUCUCUGUUUGCUUCUUACAUCCUGGGUUACCUCGCCGCCGCCAAGAUGCAAUCCAUCCUGGUCACUCAUAUGAUAACCCUCGCCGUCUGCUUUGUCCUGAUGUUCGGGAACUCCAUGCUGCUCACGUCCUUCUACGCCUCCUCGCUCGUCUCCAUCUGGGCAAUCAUCGCACUGAGGGAUCGAUUUGCUCAAGUCUUCAGACCUGGCGUCGUCCUCUGGGUCAUGCAGGGUUUGGCUUGGGUCGGCUCCACAGUCCUGCUCAAGUUCAUGCUGUCCACUGUCCUCUGUGCCUCCGAUGAUGCUCACAUCAGUGGACUGAUCAAGUCUAAGUUCACGAGCUACAAGGACUUCCACACUCUGAUGUACACUUGUGCUGCAGAGUUUGACUUCAUGGAGAUGGAGACCCCCAUACGUUACCUCAGGACGUUGCUGCUGCCCAUCAACAUGCUGGUGGUUGCUCUCAUCGCUGGGAGGACUGUCCAGGACGUAAUCCGGUUCCUGAGGGACGGAGGGAAGGCGUCUGCGAAGCCUGAAGAUGGUGAUGAAGCUGCAGGAUCUGAAAUCGCCGCUAAAGGAGAGCUGGUGUACCACAGCCUGCAGCUGGUGGCGUUCGCUGUCCUCGCCGUCCUCAUCAUGCGUCUGAAGCUCUUCCUGACGCCACACAUGUGCAUCAUGGCCUCGCUCAUCUGCUCCAAACAGUUGUUUGGCUGGGUCGGGGAGAGGUUUAAACACCAGCUUGCCAUGUUUGCAGUCAUGGCCAUCAUGGCCAUACAGGGAGUGGCCAACCUGCAGGCCCAGUGGGGGAUCAUCGGAGAGUUCAGCAACCUGCCGCAGGAGGAGCUGCUGGACUGGAUCCAGGACAACACCCGUCCUGAUUCUGUGUUUGCUGGAGCCAUGCCCACCAUGGCCAGCGUGAAGCUCUCCACGGGUCGGCCCAUCGUCAACCACCCCCACUAUGAAGACGCUGGUCUGAGGGAGAGAACCAAGCUGGUCUACUCCAUGUACAGCCGCAUGUCUGAAGAAACCGUAAAGGGGAACCUGAUGAACCUGGGAGUGGACUUCUUCGUGUUGGAGGAUUCGUGGUGCACCAGGCGAACCAGGCCCGGGUGCAGCAUGCCAGAGAUCUGGGACGUUGAGGAUCCCCUAAAUGUUGGUAAAAUCCCCCUCUGCACCCACAUGUCCAGGAGCUCGAGACCCCACUUCACCACAGUGUUUUCCAACGACAUUUACAAAGUUCUCAAAGUCCCCAAAGCUAGCAAAGAUCUCAGAUAACACCGUGUGGCGGACUGGUGCAGUUGUUCUUUUUACCACUUUUACGUCACUGGCAUUGCUGCUUUGUACUCAGCCCCCCCCAGGCUCACUGAGCGGUUGGUCACGCCAGAACACUUCCCCAUGAGUCUCUCCACUCUUGGUUCCCUAACCCGGUCCCCAGUAUUUGUGACUUAAAGGAACUCCCUGUUCCCCACAUUUUGCCAAUCAUCCAUAUCGCUCCAUCGUUGCAUCCAGCGACGUUCCCAUGACCCACAUUGGUGCCCGAGUGAAAGCCAUAAGGUGUCGUAGCUCUUCAUUUAGAUUGUUGCAUUGGUUCUGUUAUAUAGAAUCUUCAGUUUAAGAAACAUUGUCCUCAAAGAGAUGCUGUUUAUACGUCAGUAUUGUUUCUCACUGUAUAGAAUUCAUUUUCUUUGGCUUUUGCAUAAGAAGUACAUUUUGUCUGGCAGGACCGAUCGAUGAUGUCCACAUACUGUGAAGCAAUACCCUUUGCAAACUUGACAACAGCUGACUUCUUAUGCACAGUUUUUCAGUAGUAGGCUAUUUUUAUCAUUUAUUUGUGCGAGUCAUUUUUAUGCAAACUUCAAAGUGUUAAAGGAAUACUUCACCCCAAUAUACAUUUUGUACAUCACUCCCCUCCCGAGGCUCAUUAUGGUCCCAGAGAAAGUUUUCUAACCAAUGCUGUUAGGGAGAGCAGAGUGUCCAAAAAAAACGAAAGCAUAUCAAUUAGUGCUGGGCGACGAUUACAAUUUUUAAUCGCAUUGUUAUGCUCAAAAUUCAAUAAUAAAUUCAAAAGUAGUGUAUUGUACACUUU